AUGCAGUCAGAGACAUUCUCACCGGCUCUGAAUACAAACAAACGGAAAAGAGACACUGCCGACCAAGCAGAUGGUGGAAGAGCGCCGAGGUCUCAAGAACUGAACGGAGAGGGGAGAAGAGCCAACGAAGCCACAAUGAGCCAGAUAUCAGAACAGUUGAUACAGUCUUUGGGUCAGAACGGGGAUUCAACAAUAGACGAAGAGAACCAGAGAACUGCUCAAGCGGCUCUUAAUACGCCUAUGCAACCAGGAAGCUAUCCACCACCCGAUGCAUCGUUCGACAGCGGUUCCAGUGGUCAUUACGGACUUUCAUUCCCAGACGGAAAUGACAUGACGCCUUCCACCGCAUCACAACUUCAAGCUGCUCGCGAAGUGACUAUGAGCGUAAACAAGCCUGCAGUUGGAACCAACGAGUGGCAUGUCCAGCGCAAGAACAAUCACAAGGAAGUUGAGAGGCGCCGCCGUGAAACCAUCAACGAAGGCAUCAAUGAAAUCGCCAAGAUAGUUCCUAAUUGCGAAAAGAAUAAAGGCUCUAUCCUACAACGGGCAGUAUCAUACAUCACCGAGCUCACAACGAAGGAGCGUUCGUGGAACAAUGAGAGAGCCACAAUCGAUGUUGCGAUAAAGGAGCUAUCAGAAAGAAACAAUAAAAUGAAAGCCAAUGUUGAACAAGCGUGGGCGCAGAGCAAUAAAUGGCAGAAACGAUGUCGAGAUGCAGGACUGCACUUCGAUGACUAUGACUUGGACAUUGGCGGCGAUGAUGAUGAUGGUUUGGGCACGGACUAA